AUGGGCCAAGCUUCUGACGAGCGGGUCACCUCAAAACCCGUUACAUCGCUUCCUACGCCUCCAGAGACUGAAGAUGAUGCUUCUGACACUGCUCUGAAUGAUUCAUGCUCUAUUCCAUUACCGCCGCCAACCAAAGGUGCUACCCAGGUGUUGGAUAUCGAUAAAAAUACCCCUGACGCACAUGUGCCUCGAGAUCCGCGUCUGAUUCGGCUGACUGGAGUUCAUCCUUUCAACGUUGAAGCACCACUUUCUGCGCUCUAUGAUGAGGGCUUUCUGACAAGUCCUGAAUUAUUCUAUGUGCGGAAUCAUGGCGCCGUGCCACACGUAACGGAUGAAGAGAUUCCCGACUGGGAAUUUAGUGUGGAAGGGCUCGUAGAAAACCCAUUUACACUGACGCUGAAGCAGCUUCUUUUAGACUUUCAGAAAAUCACAUGCCCAGUCACUUUAGUCUGUGCUGGCAACAGGCGAAAGGAACAAAACCAAGUCCGCAAAAGCAAAGGUUUCUCAUGGGGUGCUGCUGGAACUUCGACGGGAUUGUUUACUGGCGUGCUGAUGGCCGAGCUGAUGCGCGUUGCUAAGCCAAAAAGGAAAGCGAAAUAUGUGUGUAUGGAGGGCGCAGACAAGCUGCCAAACGGUUAUUAUGGUACCUCGGUGAAACUGAGCUGGGUGAUGGACCCGGAACGAGGAAUAAUGUUGGCUCAUAAAAUGAAUGGGGAGAUUCUACCACCAGAUCAUGGCAAGCCUUUGCGCGCCCUGAUACCAGGCCAGAUAGGCGGCAGAAGUGUAAAAUGGCUUAAGCGGCUUAUUAUCACCGAAGGGCCUAGCGACAACUGGUAUCAUUUGUAUGAUAAUCGUGUUCUUCCCAUGUCGGUGUCGCCAGAUGAGGCGGCAAAUAACCCGAAAUGGUGGAAAGACGAGCGAUAUGCCAUUUAUGAUCUCAAUGUAAACUCAGUCAUAGCCUAUCCUGCGCAUGAUGAGCUCCUUUCUCUGGUGAAUGCUCCACAAAUGUACCGUUUGAAAGGUUAUGCAUACAGCGGUGGUGGGCGCCGUAUCACGCGAGCAGAAAUCUCCAUCGACAAGGGAAAUACUUGGCGCCUGGCUGACGUUGAGUAUCCGGAAGAUCGAUAUCGUCAGUAUGAGCAAACGCUUUUUGGCGGAGAGGUUGACCUGGCUUGGCGGGAUACGUCAUUUUGCUGGUGUUUCUGGUCACUGGACGUCGCAGUGGAGGAGCUGAAAGGAGCCAAGGACAUUCUCGUGCGAGCCAUGGAUGAGAGCAUGAACGCUCAGCCCAGGGAUAUGUACUGGUCAGUUUUGGGUAUGAUGAACAAUCCUUGGUUUCGUGUUACCAUCACCGAGGAAGGCGAUAGUCUCCGAUUUGAGCAUCCUACUCAGCCAGCUUUGCAACCCGGCGGUUGGAUGGAAAAGGUCAAGAAAGCAGGCGGCAAUUUGACGAACGGUUUCUGGGGCGAAAAGCUCGAUGGGGAUGACUCUGGAACACCGGCAGAGGCGGCGGCCCCUGAAAUUAAGUUAACGAGAGAUGAUGUGGAUACAAUUAUCUCCGUGGACGAGCUGCGCAAACACGAUAACGCUCAGUCUGCCUGGUUCGUCCUUAACGGCCACGUAUUUGAUGGGACAACGUUCAUGGAUGCGCAUCCGGGCGGUGCCCAAAGUAUCAUCUCUGCUGCUGGAAUGGAUGCUACAGACGAAUUCAUGGCCAUUCAUAGCGAAACUGCAAAGAAGAUGAUGCCGAAAUACCACAUUGGCUCCUUGGACGAGAAAUCGAAAACUAUUCUCGAGCAGGGAGAGGCGCAAUCGGACGGUCCCGCUGAAAAACGUAGCACAUUUCUGCAGUCGCGUGCUUGGACGACAGCUGCUCUGGUCGAGAAGAAGCAAAUUUCCUGGGACACUCGGGUUUUCAUGUUUCAGCUUGAGCACGAUGAACAGACGCUUGGGCUACCUGUUGGUCAACACUUGAUGGUUCGAUUACGGGAUCCAGUCACCCGGGAACCUAUUAUACGAAGCUACACACCUAUUUCGGAAAUGAACCAAAGUGGACGGCUAGAAAUGCUUGUCAAGAUCUACUUUGAGACACCCAAAGCAAAGGGUGGUAGGAUGACCAUGGCUCUUGAUUCUCUGCCUUUAGGACAUGGCGUGGAGUUCAAAGGACCCAUUGGAAAAUUCGAAUACCUUGGUCGUGGACGAUGCUCGAUAAAUGGCGUCGUCAGGACGGUGAAGUCCUUCGUCAUGGUGUGCGCCGGUAGUGGCGUGACUCCAAUCUUCCAAGUCUUCCGGGCUGUGAUGCAAGAUCCAGAAGACGGAACACGCUGUACUGUAUUUGACGGAAACCGGAUGGUUGAGGAUAUCCUUUGCAGGGACGACCUCGAGCAGAUUGCUACUGCGAAUCCAGGCAGGUGUAAUUUGAUAUUUACUCUUUCUCAGGCAUGUGAGGGCUGGACUGGCCUCAAGGGAAGAGUUACGGGAGAAUUGAUUCAAAAGCACUGUACUCCCGAUCCUGAAACUCUGGUCCUCGUCUGCGGACCGCAGGCUUUGGAGAAGAGUAUUCACGCGGACCUCAUUUCACAGGGCUACAAGGACAGUGACUUGUUGUUUUUCUAG